AUGAGGCCUGGAAGCAGCCUGGGGUUUGCUCUUUUCUGCUGGGUUUUUGGGGAGGUGGUUGCUUACGACCCCUGGGUCUUCUUUAGAGGAGAGGCAGAGCUAUGGAGGUACAGAGGGGAUCCCUCCUCGGGGCAGCCCCGUGCCUUGUCCCAACCCUCUCCCUGGGCAUGGGUGGAUGUCUCCCAGCUCCAGGCUGCUGCCCCGCUGCACCCCGUGGCCGUGCAGUGCCAGGAGGCGCAGGUGGUGGUCACGGUGCACAGGGACCUCUUUGGCACGGGGCGCCUGGUCAAGGCCGCGGAGCUGACCCUGGGCUCGGCUGCCUGCCCUCUCAGCACUGAGUCUCCAGGCUUAAAUGUGCUGCUCUGUGUGUGCGGGCAAGGAACAGGGCUCUUAAUGGACUGGAUAAUAUGUCUUGUCUUUCCCCAGGUGACCCCUGAUGCUCUAGUCUACAGCAUGAGCUUAAAUUACCAGCCCGUUCCUGCUGGUAACCCUGUCAUUGUCCGCACCAGCCCUGCCGUGGUUCCUAUCGAGUGCCACUACCCAAGGAGGGACAAUGUGAGCAGCAAUGGCGUCAAGCCCACGUGGACACCUUUCCGUUCCACCCUGUCCUCUGAGGAGAAGCUACCCUUUUCCCUGCGCCUCAUGAACGAUGACUGGAGUGCUGAGAGAGUCUCCACCAUAUUUCAACUGGGAGAGGUCCUCCACUUCCAAGCUGGUGUCAACACAGAGAACCACGUACCUCUGAGGCUCUUUGUGGACAACUGUGUGGCCACCCUGACCCCAGACAGGAGCUCUUCUCCCCAGUAUGCUUUCAUUGACUUCAGUGGGUGCCUGGUGGAUGGGCAACUGGAUGAUGCCACCUCGACUUUUUUAUCCCCAAGACCCAGGCAAGAUGUGCUUCAGUUUGCAGUAGAUGCAUUCAAGUUUGCAGGAGACUCCAGCAAUCUGAUCUACAUCACCUGCCACCUGAAGGUCUCCCUGGCUGACCAAGCUCCAGACCCUCUGAACAAGGCUUGCUCCUUCAACAAAGCCAGCAACCUCUGGGCUCCCGUGGAAGGCACGCGGGAUGUCUGCUCCUGCUGCGAGAUGAGGAGCUGUGGCUUGGCCAGGCAUUCCAGGAGACUCCAUGCUCCCUCCCGAUGGCAAGGAGGACGUGCCCGGAGAGAACUGCCCUCCCAGCUUGAUCCCUUGGUGAAAGAGGCAGAUGUUGUGCUUGGACCUCUCUUCAUCCACAGCUGGCAAGAUCACCCAGUUAGGAGGUUGCCUUCACGAGAUGCAGGUCACUUGUGGAUGGUCUUGGGACUGGCAGCAGUUGCUGGUUUGGUCAUCCUGAUCCUUGCUGUUCUAGGAGCUCUGACUGUCUGCCGGAAGCCCAACAACCCCCUUUAA